ACUAACAGUUUUAUAAAGAUUUUUAUUUGAGUUGGUGCUGGGAGCACAUAAAAUCAUUGAAGACACAAAAGGAAGGGAGGCAAGAAGAUAUAAGCAGGCAGUCAUGAAAGGAAAUAAUUGUUUAUUGGGGUAAAUUAAGUUGCCAAAGUAACCGGAAAUAUAAAGAAGGAAAAACUAAAAGGGUGGUGGACAAGGUGGAUAAACAAAAAUCUAUAUAAAUUUAGUAACUGAAAAGGUGUCCGGAGUAACGUUUAAAUAUUUAUUGCUACAGUUUGCUUAAAUUUAAAAAUUUAAUUUAAAACAAAAGUUUAAAAAAAUGGGUAAAAAAGGUAAAGGCAACAAAUUGGCUAAAAUGUCAGAGGAGGAAAGGGCUCGUUAUCUACAACUGAGAGCCGACAUAGAGGAAGAAGCUCGAAGACGUAAAAUGCAAUUGAUAUCCAUGUAUAUGAAGAAUAAACUCAAACGUGAAGAGGCUUUUUGUCGUCUCAAUAUGGCGAAAAUCAAUCAAGAAUGGCGUUCUAUUUUACGUCAAGUCAAGUGUCAAGAGCUGCGUAAAGAAAUCAUUGAAAUGGAAAAAUAUUGCAAAAAUAUGAUGGAUCAUAAAGAUAAUGUCAUUAGAAGACUGCUCAAUGAUUUGGAAGUGGCUCACAGUCAACAUGAUAAUAUGUCGCAGGCUCACAUGGAAAUGGUGCAACAUUUUAUAAAUAUACAACAACAACGUUUGGAAUUCUUUCGCGAUAAUUAUGAAUCGGAAAAGCAAUUAAUGUUGCAAGAAUUUCAAGAUGAUCACAACAAGCUAAAGGAGUUAAGUACUGAUGCUCGGGAGCAUUUGGAAUGCGUUUACUAUCAGUUGGAGGCGAAAAACGACAGCCAAAAGAAUGAGGCUCAUGAAAAGUUUUUAGGGCAAUUGGAUGAUAUUAAAGCUGAAAUGCAAUUGCGCAUUGAGGAAAUCACAGAAAAAGGUGAAAAGAAAUUGGAAAGGCUAUGGCAUGAAUAUCAGCUCGCUUUAGCCGAUUAUGUUAAUCACACCGAGGGCUUCUAUGCCGACUAUAUGGAUCUUAAGGAACGUGAUGAAGAGUAUACCAAUCAAACACGUGAUUAUUGUUAUGAAAUCGAAAAAGCUAGUAAUCAAUUAGCCAGUUUAAAAUUAACACUGGCCGAUGCUGAAGAUAAAAGUGAAGUUCGUCUAAAACAUUUAAAACUUAUGAAGGAACAUUUAAGUAAUAAGCUGAAUGAGGUUAAGGAACGUGUAGACAGGGAAAUGCAUGACAAUGCGGAGAAAUUUAAGUUAACUAGUGUGGAAAGCUAUAAGGCUGUAAAGUAUUUUAAGACCUUGUGUGACAAAGGAAAUACUAUUUUACAAUUGGCUGAAGUUUGUCGAAAAUUUGAAACCGAAAAGGAAAAGAUUUUACCUUUGGGCCUGCCACCUUUAACAAAAGUAAUGUUUGCAGAUCAGGAUGACGGAGAACUGGACCUUCAAGAAAUGCAAGAGCAGCCGGCAAAGGUGAAUUAA